CUUUGACACAUAAGGUGUUGUUUGUUGAGAUUGGGAGAGAAAGAUUGAAUUAGGGCAGAAUCAGAAUGGGGAUCCGAUUCGUGUUGAUGGUGAACAAGCAAGGCCAAACGCGCCUUGCUCAGUACUACGAAUACCUCACUCUCGAAGAGCGUCGAGCUCUGGAAGGUGAAAUCGUUCGUAAAUGUCUCGCCCGCAACGAACAACAGUGUUCCUUUGUUGAGCAUCGCAACUACAAAAUCGUGUACAGGCGCUACGCCUCCUUGUUUUUCCUCGUUGGAGUCGACGAUGACGAGAAUGAGCUCGCUAUUUUGGAAUUUAUACACCUCUUGGUUGAAACAAUGGAUCGUCAUUUUGGCAAUGUGUGCGAGCUAGAUAUUAUGUUCCAUUUAGAAAAGGCGCAUUUUAUGUUGGAGGAAAUGGUUAUGAAUGGUUGUAUUGUGGAGACAAACAAAUCAAAUAUUCUGACUCCAAUUCAGCUGAUGGAUAAAACAUCUUGAAGGAGAAAAAAGGAAAUAUGCCCGGUUUUUGAUGUAUGAUAUCGUUCUGUGUACAAUAGACAAGAUAAUCUAUAAUUUUCAGUAUGAAGGAAAAUUCGCGUGUAACUUUCUGUCUUGUUUUUCUCACACCCCUUGUAUGAAUGAUUAUGAACUAGUUUCUUUUUUUCAAAUGGUAUUUGGCAUUGGAAAAA